UGAAAUGAAAAGACAAGAGGCCGGUGUAAGUGAGAUUUAUCCAAGUGUGGGAGGAUACGUAUUAGUAUUCGUCCAUUUCACUUCCUCUCUCUACUUGGACUUUAGUGAUUUGGAAAUUGCGUUGUUUACAACACCAUGGCUGAAGGAGACAUCGAAACCGUCUUUCAGGCGGCCAUCGACGCCGGCAAGAUCAACGGCGCUAUCAUCUGCGCGGCCGACGCAAAAGGUCACUUCGUCUACGACAAGGUGCUGGGCGAGCGUACUCUACUGUCAGGCGAAAAAAGACCACAGCAGCUCGACGACGUGCUGUUCCUCGCCUCGGCUACGAAGCUCCUCACCACCAUCGCCGCACUACAAUGCGUCGAGGACGGGCUGCUUUCAUUGACGGGCGACAUAUCAUCCGUCGCGCCCGAACUCGCCGCCAAACAGGUCCUUACGGGAUUCGCCGAGGAUGGCGAGACGCCGCUGCUCGAGCCGCAGGCCCGUCCCAUUACGCUUGAGAUGCUGCUCACGCACAGCUCCGGUGCCGUAUAUGAUUUUAUGGACCCGCGGCUUGGUCGCUGGCGCGAGAAGUUCGAGCCCAGGCCCGCAGACCCCGAUGAAAUAGGCCAGAUGACGGUCGAGGAGCUGCUCACUUCGCCGCUCGCCUUCCAACCUGGUUCAGGCUGGAUGUAUGGUCCCGGGCUCGACUGGGCAGGACGUAUCGUCGAGCGGGUAACGGGAAAAACGCUAGGCGACCGCAUGCACGAGCGUAUAUUCGCACCGCUCGGGAUUACCGACGCCCAGUUCUACCCGGUGACGCGGCAGGACCUGCGCGAACGUAUGGUCGAUUUGAACCCCAGUGACCCUGAAGGUCUCGGCAACGCUGUGGUGGGCAUCGACAAUAGCCCCAACAAGCGCACCAAGGGCGACUUCGGCGGCCACGGACUGUUUAUGACGGCGCCGGACUACGCCAAGGUCUUGCGCAGUCUACUGGCCAACGACGGCAAGAUCCUCAACCCAAGCACCGUUGAAGAUAUGUUCGAACACCAUCUCAGCGCCGAAGCUACCAGGGCUCACCGGGCGGCACUGGCGGGCCCCUUUGGCGGGUUCUUUCGUCUUGGAACCGCCCCUGAGGCGAAGGCGGGAUAUGGGCUCGGUGGCCUGCUCACGCUGCAGGAUGUCGAUGGCUGGUAUGGAGAGCGCACACUGACUUGGGGCGGCGGGUUGACUUUUGUGUGGUUUGUCGAUAGGAAGAGUGAUAUGUGCGGCGUUGGGGCCAUACAGGCUGCACUGCCGCUUGAUGGUGAAGUUGUCACAGCGCUUAAGUUGACUUGCUGUCACGAUGUGUAUCGGAAACGCGAGCAGGCCUAGUCAUGAUGACAAGGCAGGAUGGAGAGAAAACGAAAAGGAAAGGUCUUGUUGACUCUCGAAAUGACGUUGGCCGCCACAGUACCUGCGUGGUAGACGUAGCACUUGUGGUUCUCCACGUGUAGAGGUGAAGACCAUCACUCCAUCAGCGACCCAUACAGCUCGAACAUCGCCAUGCUGUUAAGCGGAUCGCUCUCGUAGCCUUCCAUGCUGACCAUAGGGGUACGACUGUUGUGUCUAGGUCGGGGGUUCGGAGAAAGCUGCUGAUGCUGCCAAGACCUAAACAAUAGACGAGCCUGGUUCGACCUCAAACAUCGUCAAAUUCUC